AUGGCCAAAGUCCAAGGAACCUGCGAGCCCCGCUUCGCCAAGGUCAAAGACCUCUUCCAGUCCUACCUCGACGCUGGAGAAGAGCUCGGCGCGUCUGUCUGCGUCAACGUUGACGGCAAAGAUGUCGUCGACAUCUGGGGGGGUCACGCAGAUGAAGCUCGAACCUGCUCGUGGGAGGAAGACACUGUAACGUGUAUCUGGUCUUCCACCAAGACUGUCUGCGCCUUGGCAGCUCUGGUAUGCAUCGACCGCGGGCUACUGGAUCCAUACGAGAAGGUGUCAAGAUACUGGCCUGAAUUCGCUGCAAAUGGAAAGGAAGGCGUGGAAGUCCGACAUUUUCUUUCGCACGCGAGCGGACUGAGUGGAUGGGAGGAGUCCAUCACUAUAGAAGAUAUGUGCAACAUCGAGAAGAGCACAAAGCUCCUCGAGCAACAAGCGCCCUGGUGGGAGCCUGGUACGGCGACUGGUUACCACGGCUGGACAAUGGGUCACCUCGUCGGCGAACUAGUCCGUCGCGUAACAGGAAAGCCGAUUAAAGAAUUCAUCGCCGAAGAGCUCGCCCGCCCACUCGCCGCGGACUUCCAACUGGGCAUUCCCGAGAAGGAGUGGAACAGAGUCGCUGAUAUCAUUCCUCCACCAAUGCCCGCAAAACAAGAGAUGCAGGCGUUUGCACUCGAUCCAAACAAUCUCAUGUUCAGGUCUCUAGGCAAGAACCCUGGUAUGGACGCCAACUGGGCCAAUUAG